AUGAGACAAUCCUUUCUAUUUGCCUUCUUCCUUUGGCUCUGUACUUUGACUAAUGCUCUCUAUUUGAAGCCAACACUUCCUCUGGAAGAUGACUUUUAUAACAAGCCUGAUAACGUUGAUGAUUAUGCGGAAGGUGACAUUAUUCGCUGGAGAAAUGCACCGCUGAUGAUUCGUUCGAUUUACUAUCCCGUUAAUGUCAAAAAUGCCUGGCAGUUCUUAGUGCGGUCAACUGACUCCAGAGGAAAUGCUACUGCUAUUGUUACCACUGUGCUUGAACCAUAUGAUGCAGACCCAACCAAGUUAUUAUCAUAUCAAUUCGCAGAAGACUCGGCUUCUCCAAAUUGCUCGCCUUCAUAUUCUAUUCUUUUUGGUGCAAACAUGGACACCGUCAUUGCACAAGCUGAGAUGAUUCUCCUUUCGACUGGCUUGUCCAGAGGUUGGUAUGUAGUUGCACCUGAUUACGAAGGUGUACAAAGUGCAUUCACUGUCGGAAGACAAGCCGGUCAUGCUACGUUAGAUUCAAUUAAAGCGGUUUUGACCACACAGAACACGACUGGUAUUGAUCCAGAUGCUAAGGUUGCAAUGUGGGGAUACUCUGGAGGCACUAUUGCUUCAGGUUGGGCUGCUCAGCUCCAGCCAAAGUAUGCUCCAGAGCUCAAAGACAACUUGAUUGGCGUGGCCGUUGGUGGCUGGGUUACUAACAUUACCUUGACUGCACAAGCAACUGAUGGAACACUUUAUGCUGGUUUGAUUCCCAACGCUAUUAACGGAAUUGUUCAGGAGUAUCCUGAAAUGAGACUGACUUUAAACGAAUAUAUUAGAGAAGACAGAAAGGAUUGGUUUUUUGAAGCUGCUAACAAAUGUCUCUUGCCUUCCAUUUUAAGUUAUGCCUUCCACAACUUCUUCAGUGGUCACAAUGCGUACUCUAAGAUAGGAUGGGAUAUUUUCAAUUUAGAUGUGGUGAAAAACAUUGUGGACUAUAACACAUUGGCAUUGACGGAGGACGAAGGCGUCCCGGAGAUUCCCAUGUUUGUUUUCCAUGGCACUGAGGAUGAAAUUGUUCCCUUCUCAGGUGCUCAAAGAGCAUAUGAAAACUACUGCGAUUGGGGCAUUGAUUCACUCGAAUUCGCAGUCGCGAAUACCACAGGUCAUAUUCUUGAAGUUGUCGAGGGAAGUGCAGCAGCUAUUAAGUGGCUAGAAGACAGAUUCAGUGGUAAGCCUGUCGUUCAGGGAUGCAAGCGUACAGUUCGUAGCACCAACUUAGAAUAUCCUGGUGCCGACUUGGCAUAUUACCAAUUGGUGAGAACUCUUUUCACAUCUAUCCCUGGCGGAGAGAUUGGGGCCUCCUAUCCAAGGAAUGCUACAGUAACUGCGAAAUUUGAGGCUGAAUUGAGCUGGAUCAUCCAAAAACUCAAUAAGAUCGGACCUCUUCCAUUAUAG